AUGUUUUCAUCAAGAGCAAGUUUUACAAUGCUUUCCUCAAUGUUGUUUUUCUCCUUGGAGCCUGGUUUCACGCCGAACCAGGCCGCUUUGUUCUGCGCUCCAGGCUCAGAACAGGCGAGACAGGUCUUUGAUCUGGUUCGAACACCAACGCCAACGCCAACGCCAACCCCAGCCCCAUCCUCACCCAUCACCAUGAAGGCCACCGUAUCCCCAGAGCUCAAGAGAGUCAGCCCGCGCACCAACAAGGGCAUCUUCACCUCCACCAAGCUAGACCAGGAGCAAACCCCCCUGCCAAAAAAGAGCAGCAAGAGCAAGGGCAAGGCCGGCAAGAGGGCCCCACCGACCAAGACCGCCCCCAAAGCCAUCCAGAAAGCCACAGCCCCCAAGAAGGCGGCCCCUUCACCCCCUCCCCACCGCAGCAGAGCAGCCCGCGCGGCCGACCGCGCCGCGCCCGCUCGCGCCGCCGCUGUCCGCAAGUCCGUCAAGCUGUAG